AUGGAUCUGGGAUGUCUUCCAAAUGUCUUCCUCGCCAAAGUCACCCAUUAUGCAUCGUUAUAUAUCCUGCUGCCGAAUUUGGUUCGAAAUCUCAAACAGCAUGAGGGAACCCCUUCAGUUUCCAUCCAGGAGUAUGCUGUGCUCUAUGAAAUAUUCAUCCAAUCAGCUUUACAUUAUCAGGAUAUGACAGCAGCUUGUCUUCCUGCUACGUACAGUUCAAAAUUGUUUCAGGCAGGAAGUGGGCAGAGUCAUCAGAUGAGAAAGCUAAUGGAGUUGAUCCCUAGUGAAUAUGUGGAGCGAUUGCUAGGAGAUUUCAAUGGAUGGGGGAUCAGGCACCAUUUUCUGCUUCAGUGGCGAGGGAUCAAGGCAUUGACAGUGCAUGACCCAAGCAAUGCAACUGAGCAAGAAUACUUCCUGCGCCAGGACCAUGUAUUCAAUGCCAACAUGUUCAGUACUCCUGGUGAUGAUGUCUUUGUUGAUGUUGCACUUGAGCUGUCUGUGAAGGAGGGAGCAGUUAUGUGGUGCUCUGACAGCCAUGCAGUUGCACUACAGAGACUACUGCAAAUGCAUCAGACCGAAGCCAACAAGUGGACGCGUUUCGGUUACUACAAUUACAAAUGGGAUACAUGUGCAUAUCUCACCUCUGUCAUAGGAUGUCACAUCAUAACACAUACCACACUGCUUGGACAAUUCAAUGCAACCUUUGCUCAGAUGUACACAACUGAUAAAUGCCUUAUCUAUGACAUGUGGGUGAGCAACAAUGCCAAGUUUGUUACAGCAGUUAAUCUGAUGAAGAAGUCAAAGUACACAUACAAUGAGUUUCUUGGGAAAUUGUAUGGUGUCUUUGCAGAUGCAGCAUGGCAUAACGAUGUACACACAUGGAUUGAGGCACAAGUCCCACUGGCUAAUGUGGAAGAUGUGUUCACAGAUGUUUCAGUUGCGAGCUUCUUGGAUCUGGUGUAUUGUGUUCCAUGA